CUGAAGAAGGACCUGGAGAAGGCCAUGCGAAACAGUGAGGACAUGAACAGUGGCCAUACUCGGGAACUUUUGUUGCAACUCAAGUGUCUUUCCAUGAAGUUAGAUGUGUUGGAAAAGACGAGGGUGGGAAUGACUAUUAAUAAUCUGAGAAAAGCAACUGACAACUCAGAUAUCAGCCAAUUGUGCAAGGAUCUUAUCAAGUCGUGGAAAAAGCUACUCAACAGCGAAGUUUCUUCGAACAACUCAAAUAACUCAAACAGUGGCAGUAAUAAUGCAGAUGAAGAUGGACCCCCUCCUGCGAAGAAAGAGAAACACUCCUCCAGUUCCAAAGAGUCUUCUAGGGAAUCAACACCAUCCAGGGACAGUCAGGCCACUCUAUCUCAGGCAUCAAAAAAUGGGAACGAAGAUGGAUCGAUAGAGGGAGGAAGAGUGGCUAACUCAGCUCCCACUAAGAAUGCAGUGAGAGAGAAGUGCAGAGAGUUGAUUCAGAAGGCCUUGAAGGAGAAUACGGCCGACGAGUUGGUCAUUUUCACCGACUUGGAGGAGCUGUCUGCCUUGAUUGAAGACAACAUCUUCCUCAUUUUUGGUGACACCGGAACAAAGUACAAAGAUAGAAUUAGGUCGCGGGUGUUCAAUUUGAAGGACAAGAAGAAUCCAGAAUUGAAGACACGGGUCAUCAAAGGUGACAUUAGCCCUGAGCAGUUGGCCACCAUGACGCCAGACCAGAUGGCCUCAAGUGAGAUGAAAGAGCUGAGGCAAAAACUAACAAAAGAAGCAAUAAACGACCACCAAAUGGCUGUGAUCGAAGGCACAGCAACUGAUCUGAUCACGUGCGGAAAGUGCAAGAAAUCAAACUGCACCUACUCCCAAAUGCAGACCAGAAGUGCCGAUGAACCGAUGACCACAUUCGUGUUUUGCAACGAGUGCGGAAACAGAUGGAAGUUCUGCUAAUUGCACUGGGUUAAUUGAACUGAAAACUGUUGAAAGGCAAUCAUUUUUGGUGACGAAAAGAACGUUUUUUUUGUGCGAAGUUUAUAUAUCGAGGUCAAAGGAAUCAUAAAUUUCUGAUAGUAAAAAAAGUUUUGGUACUACCUAUGUUCGAAAUCAUCAAACUUCAGCAUCACAUCCGAUAGCAGAAAUUAAUUCCUGGUAAUAAACUUCGUGCAGUUUCUACUUACAAUUUAGUUGAUCUUUCUUUAUUUUUGUUGUCGACUAUAUAGCCUUGUGGUUGAUUAUCUGUUCUCUUUUUCUUGAUGUACGAAGUGAAAUAAAAUUCAAGGCUAAAUAUUGUUGAUGUAAUCUAUUUAAUGAACUUGUCGUUAUUUUUGAAUGAAAUAUAUUUUCCUUCGUUAGUUUCAUUUUUAACUAUU